AAGUUACAAUAGCAUUCAAAUGACCUUACAGCAUCAAGAGCUCUUCGUGUGGGGGAAACGCAAAUAGAAGCGACGCUUAAAGCGAGCCUGCUAGCCAAAUGGUGAAAUUCUGGAGGGGGGAAGCAGGCUCGAGAAAGGAAGAAUGCUUUGCAGACGACGAAGAGCAAAAAGAGUUGACAACCAGACUUCUUGAAGCCAACUCUAGCAAAGAGAAAGAGUUCUGUUUUUGCCAGCCAGACCCAGUCUCCAGUGCUGGUCCCCCUGAUGGCAGUUUGUACAACCCUCUGAAACCUGCCAAGCUGGACGCCACAGCUUUGCACGACUGCACUUUGGCUGCCACUGUGCCUCCUUCGGAGCUGUCGAACCAUGCAGUCCAAGCCUGUGACACAGGCAUUCAUGAAGAGCACUAUGUAAGUGAAGCAGCAGAAGAUGAUGUGCCAGACUGCAGAGAGUACAGAGAUGCCUGCACCAUUACUGAUGUGUGCAAUAGUACCAAUCUUCCUGAAGUUGAAAUCAUCAGUCUACUGGAAGAGCAGCUGCCUCAUUAUAAGCUAAGAGCAGAUACAAUCUAUGGUUAUGACCACGACGACUGGCUUCAUACGCCUCUCAUUUCUCCUGAUGCAAAUAUUGACUUAACAACUGAGCAAAUAGAAGAGACCUUGAAAUACUUCCUUCUAUGUGCUGAAAGAGUGGGCCAGAUGACUAAAACGUACAAUGACAUAGAUGCUGUUACACGUCUUCUUGAAGAGAAAGAACGGGACUUAGAAUUAGCUGCUCGGAUUGGCCAGUCACUUUUAAAGAAGAAUAAAUCACUGACAGAAAGAAAUGAAUUCCUUGAGGAGCAAGUAGAACACAUCAGGGAAGAGGUUUCUCAGUUACGGCAUGAGCUUUCCAUGAAAGAUGAGCUGCUCCAGUUCUAUACCAGUGCUGCUGAAGAAAGUGAGCCAGAGUCCAUCUGUUCCACUCCGCUCAAGAGGAAUGAAUCUUCCUCCUCCGUCCAGAACUACUUUCACUUGGACUCUCUUCAAAAGAAACUCAAGGACCUCGAAGAAGAGAAUGUUGUACUUAGAUCUGAGGCCUGUCAGCUGAAGACUGAAACAAUUACUUAUGAAGAGAAAGAACAACAGCUUGUCAAUGACUGCGUAAAAGAGCUAAGGGAUGCAAACAUCCAGAUUGCCAAUAUCUCUGAGGAGUUAGCAAAGAAAACUGAAGAUGCUGCCCGGCAGCAGGAAGAAAUUACCCAUCUCCUCUCUCAGAUUGUCGAUCUACAGAAAAAGGCAAAAGCUUGUGCGGUUGAAAAUGAAGAACUUGUUCAGCAUUUGGGAGCAGCUAAAGAUGCCCAGAGACAGCUCACAGCAGAGUUACGUGAGCUGGAAGACAAGUAUGCAGAGUGCAUGGAAAUGCUUCAUGAGGCUCAAGAAGAGCUGAAAAACCUUAGGAACAAGACUAUGCCAAAUGCCAUCUCACGUCGGUACCACUCUCUUGGUCUCUUCCCUAUGGAUUCUUUGGCAGCAGAAAUAGAAGGGUCAAUGAGGAAAGAACUACAUUUAGAUGAACCCGACUCUCCUGAUUUGGCUCAUCAGAAGCGGGUCUUCGAAACUGUGAGAAAUGUUAACCAAGUUGUCAAGCAAAGAUCCAUGACUCCAUCACCAAUGAAUAUCCCAGGCUCUAACCAGUCCUCUGCUAUGAACUCACUCAUGUCUAGUUGUGUCAGCACUCCACGAUCCAGUUUCUAUGGGGGAGACAUCUCUAACAUUAUGAUAGACAACAAGACAAAUAGCAUCAUCCUAGAGACAGAAUCCUCUGAGAAUGGAAAUGAAGACAGAAUGAAGAAGCCUGGCACUCCAGGGACACCAGGCUCCAGUGACCUAGAGACUGCCCUUCGCAGGCUGUCCCUUAGGCGGGAGAAUUACCUCUCAGAGCGGAAGUUCUUUGAAGAAGAGCAGGAGAGGAAGUUGCGGGAACUGGCAGAAAAGGGUGAACUCCGUAGUGGUUCCGUUACUCCCACAGAGAGCAUCAUGUCCCUGGGAACUCACUCCAGAUUUUCAGAAUUCACUGGAUAUUCGGGAAUGUCUAUCAGCAGUCGCUCCUACCUGCCAGAAAAGCUUCAGAUUGUGAAACCACUAGAAGGUUCUGCCACUUUGCACCACUGGCAGCAGCUGGCUCAGCCUCACUUGGGCGGGAUCCUGGACCCGAGGCCCGGGGUUGUCACCAAGGGCUUCAGGACCCUGGACCUUGACCUGGAUGAAGUGUACUGCCUUAAUGACUUUGAGGAAGAUGAGACAGGUGACAUUUCUUACAAGGGCCUAACUACCUCGACGCCAGUUCAGCACACAGAGACCUCAGGUGAGAGGUCACAAGCACAAGUGACUGUUUCAGACAACAAGAAUAACCCCCGCCAAUCUCAGGCUUUCACAGAGGAGAUGCAGGAGUCCGCGACUGACGAUGAUGAGGGGUCUGUACCUCAUCCUGGGAAGUGCAUGUCACAAACCAACUCCACCUUCACCUUCACCACCUGCCGUAUUCUGCACCCUUCUGAUGAGCUCACACGAGUCACACCAAGCCUUAACGCAGCACCUACUCCAGCUUGUGGCAGCAUUAGCAACUUGAAAGGCACCCCGGUGGCUACUCCCUGUACUCCUCGGCGUCUGAGUUUGGCCGAAUCCUUCACUAACCUCCGGGAAUCCACAACGACGAUGAGCACAUCUCUGGGGCUGGUGUGGCUGCUGAAGGAAAGGGGCAUCUCGGCAGCAGUGUACAAUCCACAGAGCUGGGAUAGAGCCAGCAGAGGCACUCUCCUGAACACAUACUCACCUAAAAUGGCGAUCAUUCCUUCCACUCCACCAAACUCACCUAUGCAGACACCUUCUUCUUCCCCUCCAUCCUUUGAGUUCAAGUGCACCAGCCCACCUUACGACAACUUCCUGGCUUCAAAGCCUGCCAGUUCGAUCCUGAAGGAGGUGAGGAAUAAAAAGAACAUCAGGAACAGUGAGAGUCAGACUGAUGUGUCUGUUUCUAACCUUAAUCUCGUGGACAAAGUCAAGAGGUUUGGUAUCGCUAAAGUUGUGAGUUCAGGGCAGGCGUCAGCUCCUCCUUUAACUGAUGACCAGGGACCUCUUCUCUGUGGGGCACAAGGACCGGUGAGGGGCCUUGUUCCCGGAGGCCUGGCACCAGACAGUCUCCCACUGGGCUGCCCUGCUGUGACCAGUGCCAUCGGGGGCAUCCAGCUGAACACUGGCAUCCGAAGGAACCGGAGCUUCCCCACCAUGGUGGGUUCCAGCAUGCAGAUGAAAGGCCCAACAACGCUCACGUCGGGAAUCCUCAUGGGAACCAAGCUCCCGAAGCAAACUAGCUUACGAUGAAGGACUUUAUUUUUACAGCUAGUCUUUUUAAAUGAAAAUAUUCAGAUUCUUUCUCCAAUCCUCUUUUCCUGUCCUCACCACCCCUUCAUUGCCUCUUGAGUUUGACAAAUCAACUUUGUGCCUAAUGGGAGAAAUGUGUAAACUUUGUAAAAAAAAAAAAAAAAAAUGUGUAAAUAUGUACCAGAUCUAUUGUAACUAAUUGGAUUCUUUUACUGUUCAGUUGAGUGCGAAAGGCUCUACAUUAUGAUUGCUGUAUUAGGGUUAACUUGCUAACCUUUUGAAGAGUUUUUGUUUUUUCUUUUUAAGAUGCACUGAAAAAAAAACAAAAGAACAUAAACAACAAGAAAUAGCUUGACUAGGAAAAACAUGAAUUCUGUAGCUAGCCUAACUUGAGUUGAAGGUGCAUGGGAAGCUAUUGAAUAUGUUACGUGAGACCUCGCAUUACAUCACUUGAAGCAUGGGAGUAUUUGUGCUUCAUUAAAUGCCGAAAGAAGCACUCAGUUUAACACUUGAUAGUUUUAUUUUUGCUUUUGUAGAUGAGUUGAUCUGAAUUAUUGGAGUGCCUGGCUAUUAUGCCUGAAUGGAUGAAACUUUCUUUCUGUUCUGUAUUCUCCUCCUCCCCGAUACAACAAACUUGAAUUAAUACUGUGUUGAGGUCAGGAGGCCUACUGGGUACCUGGAAAAUUGACAUAUUUCUACCACUGCUGUUUCAUUUGGCAUGCUUACGUUCUGUGUGACUUCUUUUUAGUUCUUUGUUUUGUUUUUCAAUGCUGCACUGGAUCAUGGAAGAGAAAAUGCUUUACUACGUGUUGAUGCCACUGAAACAUCCUUUGUCAGUGUGCCCAAAGAACAAUUUUCACAACUCAUGAGGUAAACAUGGCGCUGACUUCCUAGAAGUCAGAGUUGCGGAACAGAUUUGACAGAUAAGAAUGUUAUAAAAGAACAUGUAGCAAAAUCAGUGUUAGGAAAAGGCGCGUCCUUGAAACCUCAACAGAGAACCACAAAAAUUUAGCAACAGAAUGGUACAAGCUGGAAAAGGCAACUUGCAAUCAACAUGUUGUUGUUCAGCUUUCAUGCAUGUAGAGGACCAUGGUGUUGUAAACAGGGUGAGAAUAUUUCCUGCCCAUUUUCUGGUUUCUUUUUUCAAAGAAAUCUUUUUCAUUCAAAGUUUGACAUUAGCAGAGGUAAAAGUAUGUAAAACACUUUAUUCCGUGGUGGUUUUAAACUGAAAAAGCCACCUUCCAAUGCCAAACCUAUAAUACCCCACUUCUUUAGAAAGGAAACUAGAUGUCAUGCACCAUUGAGUUGUGGCCAGGUGAUCCUUAUUAAUCUUAUGAUUUUCUUACCUUUUUCUCCCCAAUUUCUGCUGGUUGCUUGUAGAGAGAAUUGAAAUCUCCUGGAACUGGAACGGACUGGAGGGAGCUUGUUCCUAGAGCUGAGCUGAGCCCUAAAUUGUUUCUGAAGCAGGGAGGGAGAGGACAAAAUGGGGUGGGGUGGGGGUGUCAAUGUCUGCUUUCUUUUCCUUCCAGUUCUUGUGACAUCUAAACCAAGCUCCCUGUUUGUCAUUACUAUAAUCACACUACAGGUAAUUGCCGUGAAUUGCCAUUUGUACCAGACUGUUACUAAAUGAUUAGCACUGAUAAUUUCUUGUAUAAAUGAAACUGUCUUUUAGUCUUUGUGACAAGAGAUAGGUGUUUUUUUUUUUUUCCUUUUUUUUUUUUUUCUUUUUUUCCGAAUGAAGUAGUUAUCGCUGUAGUGCUAUGGACACUAAGGAUAUUUUUUGAGAAAGAAAAAAAACACAUCGGUCAGUUACUGCAUGUGUUUGAAGAAUUAUAUUUAUUCUAUGAACUUAAAAUGUUUUAGUAAAAUGUCAUCAGCUCUCUUUGCCGUUGUGUGUGUGCACUUAUUGCAAGUAAAUUUAAGUACCUUUUAAUUUAAAUGUAUCCUAAAACAGUAGAUAGAAUAACAGUUGAUUCUGAAAAAUCAUGGACUUAUGGACCAUUUUAUAUACCCAGAGGAAGAAAGCAAUACCAUAUGAGAAUUUGAAGUGUAGAAGCUAAUCAUGCAAUUGGAAAGCAUUAUUUAGCCUUUCAAUAAGCUGUAGGAUCUGUCCACCCAACAGAGAAAGCAACUGUAACACAUCAGAAAGAUGAAAUUUAAAUUUUCUUCACUAAUAUCAAUAAAAUAACAGAAAAGUUGCA